AUGGCGUCGGACAUAGAUAAAACCGACACUAAUCGCUCGCUGGACAUCCCGGUACAAACCUCUAAGCGGAAGCACGAUGAGGUUGAAGACGAUGGCGAAGAGCUUUCCGCCCCGAAGAAUCAUGCUCAGCAAGACUCCGAUCCAGACGCCGGUCCGGAGGACAUUGCCGAAGACUGGCGCCCUGGCGCCUUGAUGCCGGAAUACUACAAGAUGGACAAGCGUGAGGCCCGCCGACUGAUCAACACCUACCUGAGCGAUAUUGAGAAGAAGUACAAGAGUCGUACCCCGCAGCCAAAACUGGAAGAUGAAAAUGAUUUUUCCCAAUCAGAUUCCUGUGCUGCACUCGUGGCCUUUUCCCGGGACGCCUACGAACAUCUCUGUGAAAACCUCAACGACAACACGUCGGACUAUAACCUCCAGUCUCGCUACGAGAUUCGUCAUGACUUCGGCAAUAUCCCCAUUUGCAAGUUCGACAAAGUCCCAUUUCUUUUUUGGCUUGCUGGAGAUGACCUGCGAUCGGCCGAAUUGUCUGGCGAACUUGGAAACGUUCUUCCUUAUUUACUAAGACUCGUUUUUAUAAUUCGAAUUAAGGUCGUUACCUCCACUGCAUACGAAAUUCCUCUCACGGAAAUCGAUAACCUCAACUGGAGGGAAAUUCUGGCAAAGCCGGAAACAGACAAGUUAGUAGUUGUCAGUCUACAGAAACUGGCAAAGUUGAUUCGCAAUGGGCUCCUACGCCGGAUUUACAAAGAGGCCCGGAUUCCUACGGAAAACUGGGCACAGAACUGGGCAGGAAUCUUAAUUCCGAAAACAUUCAAGGAUAUGUUCGAUGAUGACCUCUCUAUCUCAAGGCCCGAGCCCGACGCAUAUUUUGACAAGCUCAGGCAAAGAUUCGAAACUUCAACAGCGGAGAAAACUGCUCAGGAGACUGCCAGGGAGACUGCAGAUCGGCUUUUCCGACUCAAGAUGAACAACCCUUACGCAAUUGCCAUGCGCCACGACCUUCCCGACGGUCCUAACUACGAUAUGGUCAACGAUUCUUCGCCCUUGGUCGUGCGCCAGAAGGCGUAUGCUUGCACUGUCUUCGAAGGUGACCAAGAUUGGGUGGAGGAGAGCACAGAACUUCAGGAAGUUCGUGCCGAGCAAGAUAACAAAGAGUCAGCGCUCCUCAUCGAGGCAAGGGAUAUCCUCUUCACUUGGCUAGUUAUUUGCAACCGCAAAUCCCCUAAAGAGCUCGCCGACACUAAACAAUCUGCGGGAUUGCUCCGCGAAGUGGCUAAGAUGACGCCCACUCAUCAAAUGAAUCCCAAGACGGCCUUCGAGUUGCUUGCGCUGCUAAGGAGGAAAGAGUUCACCGGGAAAAUGGCGGAUUAUAUGGCGAAUCUUUCCAAGAUUCCGGCUUGGGCGGAAUUGAACCGCCCUACAAACCAGUCAAAGUCCUGGUUUUCGAAGCGCACGAGUACUCAAACGGAUUCCAACCAGAUGACUUUCGUCAAGUCUGUCGCCGAGAACAAAAGUCUCCCCCCUCUCCCGAUCAAAGCUGAUAUAUCGUCACUUUACAAGCUUCAUCUGUGCGCUAUAGCCUGCAGGGCUGUAACCCUCUGCCGCGAGAAUAAGUAUGAUACCGUCGAGGCGCUCGGAAAUGCGCGAUUGUACGAUCUGAUCCUGGAGGGGGGACCAGGACAAAGACGUUUUGCGGAUUGGGGCCUCGAGUCUUAUCGGCGCUUUUUCAACUAUGGUGUUCACUUCUCAAGUGAAUUCAUCAAUCCGACCAAGACGGAAGAGUGCCACCUUUUCGAAGAGUGGUGCAUCAAAAACGCCGAUAACCGCGACGGUCUCUUUAGCUCUUUCGACCUUCGCUUUUUUGGCCGACAGUUUGACGAAAGUGGCAGAAGGGAGACUCCUGGCCCGGUGGAAUUCAUCAGGCCUGCCCAUAAUAAGGCUGCCAAUACCAAACCUGUCACCAAGGACAGGAUCGCUGGCAAGACCAGUCGCCCCGACAAGACCAACGGAGCCGGAAGUCUCCAGGACGCGGACAAGUCCAAGAACGCAAGCCCAGAUGGCGAUAACACGCACCAGAAUAUGUCGGACGCAGACAACAAAACUAUAAACAAUAUCACUGACGCUGUUAGACAUAAGCUUGGGUCUAAAACAAGGAAGAUACUGGCGCUCAAGGCUGAAGUUUCACAGCUGAAGGAGGAAAAUUCUCAAGUCCAACAGCUGAGACUUGAUUGA